GGAGUGGGGGGGGCCGUGAGGGGAGAGGGGGCGCCGUCAUGAAGUGCGUGAUCGGGGGCGCGCAGCUCCGAGUGUUUGGAAGAGCAAUACAUGCCAUAGCACGGAUUAGUGAUGAGUUUUGGUUUGACCCCGUUGAAAAAGGUCUUGCCUUAAGAUCAGUGAAUUCCUCGAGGUCAGCAUAUGCGUGUGUGUUCUUCUCAUCCAUGUUUUUCCAACAUUACUGCUGGACAGCUGUGUCCCAACCGUGCCAGCAGGAGCAGCAGUUACCCCUCCCCUGUAAACUGAUAAUUAAGUCAGUUCUCCCAGUGUUUAGAUGUGCAAACAUGCUGGAAAGGAAUGUGGAGAAAUGCAGCAUCUCCACCAGCCCCAGCGAGCACCACGUCACCUUCCAGCUGCUCUGCAGGCACGGUGUUGUAAAAACCUAUAACCUGACAUUUCAGGAGUGUGAUCCCCUGCAGGCUGUUUUUGCAAAGCACAUGUGUCCAAACAUUCUUAAAGUCCACUCCAGGCUGCUGGCUGAUGUGAUGAUUCACUUCCCAACCAGUCAGGAAGAAAUAACCUUGUCAGUAACUCCAAUGAAAGUUUGUUUCAAGAGUUACACUGAGGAAGACACUGAUUUUUCAAGGACAAUGCUUACUGAGAUACAGCUCAGUCCGGAGGAAUUUGACUACUUUCAAGUUGGAGUAGAUUCUGAAGUGACGUUUUGCCUUAAAGAACUGAGGGGCCUGCUGGCGUUCUCCGAGGCCACGAGCGUUCCCGUGUCCAUCCACUUCGACAGAUGUGGGAAACCCAUCGCUUUCAGCAUUGAGGACCUGCUGCUGGAGGCCAGCUUCAUCCUGGCUACCCUGUGUGAGGCUGAGGAGGAGGCAGUGCCCGCAGAGCCCUGCCCACGGCCCCGGGACAGCUCAAGGACUGGCAUGGAUAGAUCUGCCCAGCCCUCCGCGGAUGGAGCCAGCAAUGCAGACACAGCCACUUCCAAAGAGCCAAGGGAGAAGGGAAAUGCUCCGAGCACGGGCUCAGCAAAACCCGAGGUAAAAAACACCCCCAGAGGCAGAGAGAGGAAUGUGCCAGGCAGAGCAGGAGCAGCCACGGCAGCGGGAGCAGAGGCCACAGAGGCUCCUUACGAGGUGAGUGAGCUCCUCGUGGUGGAACCCCACAGCUGCUGCCUGGCGCACUGGGGGUUUCAGUGGGAUCAGCUGGCCCAGCAGCACAGCUGGAAAACCCCACCCCUGCUGGGAACACUCCUGGGGGCAGGAGGGUUUCACUGGGAAACGCUGCUGGCUGAGAAAGAUCUUACAGGGGCAAAAGCUUCACAAAUAAUUAAUGCCCAAAUUCUGUUCCACAGAAUUCUUACCUGUACAAAUAUUGCAUUUUUCAGUUCCACUCCUUGUUCUUUGGAGCUGUCUCUCACAAGGAGAAGGAGGCCAUUGGUGACACCUUCCAGAGCUUGGUGACAGCCAGUGACACUGAGGAGGAGUUUGGUGCUGUGCAGAGCUCCCCGGUGCUGUAGAGCAGGGCCGGGGUCCAAGGACAGACAGGGGGGAGUGCCCAGGAGGGCAGGGCAGGCCCAGCCCUUGCCCUGUGCUGUGACCCAGCAGCACAGAACGUUCUGGAACUGCCAGUGCUCUUGUAAUGGCACAAAUGUAGGUCACGAUUGACUCCGUUGAGGUUUGUGUGUUCUGCAGGGGCUGCUGGGGUUCUGCUCUCAGAACACACUAGAGAGGCUCAGUUUGAAUUCACACUCUGUGACCACAUCAGGCAAUUGAAGCUGCUGUUCUGGUUAAGGGUGCUGGAAAAGGAACCCAACCAUGCCCUCAGUGACAGCCAAACCCAGCCCAGCUCCAGGAGAACCCAGGUUUUUACAGAGACUGCUUCUGUAGAACCAGAGUUUAACUGAAAAACCAAAGUUGUCACAGAACUGCAGUUUAACAAAUAAAGGUUUGUGUUGCAGACUUGCAUUAUUCUUUUCCUUCCCUGCAUCUCUUCCACCACCCUUCAGGGGCAGUGCAGCAUUUCCAGAGUCACACUGGAACACAGCACUGAAAUUCCCAGGCCAUUAAGGAUCAUUACCCUCCUGCCAGGCUGUGCAGGAGGCCUCGAGUGUCACUGAGAGCAGUGACAGGGAGGUCACAGUGACAGCCCGGCCCUGGCUGUGCCUCUGUGCCAUAACCACAUCCCCACAUCAACAGAGGGUUUGCAGGUGACUUGACUUUAAAAAGCACAUUUUAGUAUAAAUACUAUAUUUAUUAAAUAUCUUUACAAUUUAUUUAAAUGUAUUUACAGAACUAUUCCUGCAUAAGUUAUACCUCAGACAUGAAAUUCACAUAAUUGCCUCUUAGGUAAGCAUAGAUGAUAGUCUCAUUUUAACAGCAACAAAAAAGCAUCCUCAGAUACAGACUCAGAUUUGCUUCAUUGUUUCAGCUAUCUUUGUCAGAAGCCACUGCAUACAGUCGGGUUCUCCACACAGCAGCUCCUCCCCUGGAGAGAGGAUGUCCCUCACCAAGAGAUGGACAUUCCACACUAAACCCUCCCAUCCCCGCCACAUCAUUGCCUCGACUCACUGAUAACUGCCUGGUCCCAAAUCUGCUUUUUGGUUUGGUUUUGUUUCCAGCCUGCAAAGGGCAUUCAGGACUGUAUGUCGCAGCUCUCCCAAAGAUAGCCAGCAAACAGCAAGGAACCACAGAGCUUUCCCACUCCACCACCUCGGGCCCUGUUCCACCCCCAGCAUUCCCGGGGCACAGAGCUGCUCCAGACCCCUGCUCCCAACACAAACCACAGC